CAGAGAGAGAGAGAGAGAGAGAGAGAGAGAGAGAGAGAGAGAGAGAGAGAGUGCAGGGUGCGCUCCAUCCACACCCUCAGUACACCGGACUGUCAUCUUUGGAGCGGCUCCCCUGCAUCUUCACCAGCCCUCCGCUCUGCUCCAGUUCCGUUUUCAUCGGCUUUUACUCUUUGCGGAUAUAGCAUGGAUCCGAUAUAAAGACGCACUAACCGAGCCGUCAGCUGUUCCCACUUGCUUAAAAAAACAAACAAAACAAAUUCUCUUAAAGCUCGUCCGGCUGAAGUCAGAAUAAUGAUGGAGUACUGGAGGCAAUGCGCGCUGUGGUUAAUUAACUGCAAGGUGCUUCCAGCUAACCACCGGGUUACAUGGGAGUCUGCACAGGUAUUUGACCUGGCCCAAACGCUCCGGGAUGGAGUCCUCCUGUGCCAUCUGCUCAACAACCUGAGACCCCAGUCCAUCAACCUAAAGGAAAUCAACCUCCGACCGCAGAUGUCUCAGUUCCUGUGCCUGAAGAAUAUCAGGACUUUCCUGGCAGCGUGCAACGAGAUGUUCGGCAUGAAGAAAAGCGAGCUGUUCGAGGCCUUUGACCUUUUUGACGUCAGGGACUUUGGAAAGGUUAUGGACACACUAUCUAAACUUUCCCACACAGCAAUCACACAACAAACUGGAAUCAGGCCCUUUCCAUCCGAGGAGAGUGUUGAAGAUGAGGAUAUUUACAACCACCUGGAGGACCUGAUAGAUGAGAAGGGAGUGGAGGAUGAGGAGGACCUGUAUGACUGUGUGUAUGAUGAUGAAGAUGGAGGAGAAAUCUAUGAGGACCUGAUGAAGACAGAAGCCGUCCCUCCUCCGGCGUUCCAGAAGCAGGCAGAGACUGACAUCAGGAGCUGCUGUUUAACAGAAAUCAAGCAGACAGAAGAGAAAUACACUGAGACCCUGGAGUCUAUAGAGAAGCACUUUAUGACCCCCCUCAACAUGUUUUUAUCCAUGGCCGAGAUGGAAAAGAUGUUUGUGAAUGUCCCGGAUCUGGUUAAAGUUCACAAAUGUUUACUGGUGGAAAUCCAAGACUCAGUCCUCCACAGAAGUGCACAGAACCUUUACCAGAUCUUCAUCACUUACAAAGAGAGGUUGUUGAUCUAUGGGAAGUACUGCAGCCAUGUGGAAACAGCCAUCGCCACUCUGGAUUACAUCUGCAAAGAAAGAGAGGACGUACGCAUGAAGCUGGAGGAAUGUUCAAAGAGAGCCAACUACGGCAAGUUCACACUGAGGGAUCUGCUCGUUGUUCCUAUGCAGCGAGUCCUGAAGUAUCACCUCCUCCUGCAGGAGUUGGUGAAACACACUCAUGAUGCCGCAGAGAAGAGCAAUUUGCGGAUGGCAUUGGAUGCCAUGAAGGACUUGGCUCAGUAUGUUAAUGAAGUCAAGAGGGACAAUGAGACGUUGCGAGAAAUAGAUCAGUAUCAGAGAUCCAUCGAAAACCUGAACCAGCCUCUGAGUAACUACGGGAGACCCAAAGGUGACGGGGAGGUACGAGUGGCCUCUGUGGACAAACGGGCUAAACAGGACAGGCACAUCUUUCUGUUUGAUGCUGCGGUGAUCGUAUGUAAGCGUCGAGGGGACAACUACGAGAUGAAAGAGGUGAUCGACCUGCACCUCUUCAAGAUCACCAACAACCCCACGUCGGACAAGGAGAACCGAAAGUGGUCCUACGGAUUCUACCUCACUCAUAACCAGGGCCAGAGCGGCUUUGAAUUCUUCUUCAAGACCAAAGAGCUGAAAAAGAAGUGGCUGGAGCAGUUUGGCAUGGCCAUAUCCAACAUUCAUCCUGAGAAUGCCACCAACAACUUCCAUGAGUUUCAUAUGCACACCUUUGAAAGAAUCACCUCCUGCAACUCCUGCCACAUGCUGCUGAGGGGCAUCUUCAACCAGGGCUACCUGUGCUCCAAGUGCGGUUUAGGUGCCCAUAAAGAAUGCCUGGGCCGCUUUGGCUGCUGCGGAAAAACAGAUCCUGGCACCGUCAGAACUCAGGGCAAAGGUCGAGAUCCAGGUUUGCCCAAGAUGCUGGUAAUCAGGAGCUACUUUGGUGUGCCGAGCCCUACGUCUGGUCCAGCACUCAGCAUCCAGACGGGUGACAUCAUCGAAUUAAUCUGCGCCGACCUUCACAGCCCCUGGUGGCAGGGCAAAAUCCUGUCGACGAAAGAGGUUGGCUUCUUUCCAAGCAACGCUGUGAAGCCUUGCCCAUGUGUCCCGAAGCCCGUCGAUUACUCCACUCAACCUUGGUAUGCAGGGCCCAUGGAGAGGCUGCAGGCAGAGGCAGAACUCAUCAACAGGGUCAACAGCACCUACCUGGUCCGCCAUCGCAGCAAAGAGUAUACAGAGUACGCCAUCAGUAUAAAGUACAACAACGACGUGAAGCACAUAAAGAUCCUGACCAAGGAGGGCUGCUUCCACAUCGCCGAGAACAAGAAGUUCAGAAGCAUAUUAGAGCUGAUUGAGUACUACCAACACCACUCCCUGAGAGAAGGUUUUAGGAGUCUGGACACAACGCUGCAGUUUCCUUACCGGGAACCGGAGAACGCUGCUAUGCACCGCCUCAACCGGUCAGGUAGCAACACCCCAUUGCUCUGCGGCCUCUCUUUUGUAUCUCCUGCCGGCUACAGCUUUGUACCUCCUUCCUCUGCUCCCUUCUGGUCAGUGUUAACUCCGAAAGUGAUCGGUGUGGCGAUAGCGCGGUACGACUUCAGCUCACGUGACACCCGAGAGCUCUCGCUGCAGGAGGGUGAAGUGGUGAAGAUCUACACAAAGUCAGGAGCCAACGGCUGGUGGAGGGGCGAGGUUAACGGCAGGGUCGGCUGGUUCCCAUCCACGUACGUAGAGGAGGGUGAGGAGUGAAAGGUCCAACAUGGGAAGAAGAGCAAGAUAAAAGGAAGACCGGCAGCAGUGGAGUAAGCAAACUGAGAACGCAACAGUAACAGACACUGAGCUUCUGCAGCGCUGCUUGCUCCAGUGUUACUUUUCAGAGCAAAUCAGACAGCUUCACUCUCCUCGAUGGAGUCCUGUUGCCUACGACCAUCCCAGAGGCCUUUGGGAGAGAAGAGGGCUACAGUACAUUGCAGAUGCAAAGAUGGCCCCAUCAUUUCUGGUUGACUCUGUGUGGUUAAGUGACUCCACCAACUAGCAGCUUGCCUGUCAGCGGGGCACGAGCCCUCGCCAGACACUCCCUUCUCCCUCCCUAACUUCGUCCAUCCAUCCAUGAUUCACCCUUCGCUCACUUCCUCUCUCCGCCCCAGCCAGCCGCAGCCCCCCAACUCCCACCUGUUUCUGCUUGCCAAGUCAGCCGUCGCCAAUCUGUCAAAAGUUGAUACUCAAAUGCCACUCUUCCAUUCAUGCGUUCAUCCAUCCAUCCGUCCAUCCAUCCAAGCAUCCAUCCUCAACCAACCCCUGCGGGAAUAGAGUCAUCUGAGCUGGAAAAGACCCACACUGUAAAGUUUUUCCUUUCCUUUCAUCCCCUUCUGACUCAAAAGGGAUUUCAGUCAGUUUUGACCUUGCCUGUGUGUUUCUUCCACUAAUGCAGGUGGUUAUUGAUGACUUGAUGACCCAGAUUCACACACACACACACACGCACGCACGCACAUCACCCACCUCUCUUCCCCUUCAGAUUAUGAUCACACACACACACACACACACACUCUUACAGGAGAUGUAAGAGAGGGAUGGCGUCGGAUAGCAUCGCUGCACAGUGCCAGCAAUUGAUCGCUGUUGUUCCUAUUUUCCUCCCACCUCCUACAUUCUUUAUCUCCACCCCGGCCUCUCAUGUUUUUUUAGUUGUCUUGGCCGUUAGCGAUCCUGUGCUCUUAUCAGUGUCAGCUCUGUCGACAGGAGCACAUUCGCCAAGGGUUUAUCUUAUUGGCGGCAUUAGCGGCUUGUCGGCGAACAAGCCACACUGCCAAGAAGCUACCUGUACCCUAACAUAAUGAGACACAAACUCACUCUCUCACAGUCUCACUCUUUGCUUUUAUUCAGCACGUCCUGAAAUUCUUUUUCAGUUUCCUCAGCUACACAUAUGAUGCAGUUUGAUUGAUUGCAUCUUGCAAAAUUGAGCAAUGGGAUGCCAUCUACCCAGAUGUGUACUUGUGCAACAUUUUCACCAGAUGAUGCAUCAAAAUGUUUUAUCAUCUUCCUUGGUGUAAGUGUCUUCCAGUAUAACUGCUAUUUUUGAGAUUUUUCCACUCAAGAAUACAGUUUUUGCAGAAACACUGAACAAUGUGGCAUAUUUGUUUUGGCAAGAAAAACAUCAAAUAAUAAAAAAAAAUUUAGGUAUGUAUUAACACAUCAAUCCAAAAGUACUGAUAUCAGCUUUCAGAAACCUUUUCCCACUGCUUAUACCUUCCUGCUAACUGUCCUCCCCCUCACCCCCCCUCCUUUUCUGUGUUCCACGCUCACCCCCUGUAUACAUUAUGCACACUGUCUCGUUAAUCCACAGUGAAAGAGGAUUUUCCCACAUUUGAGGGAAUAAAUACCUUUACGCCAAAACAAGCUGCACAACAUACUCCACUAUAUAGUCACAGACAGAAUAAGACUGCAGUGUACACAAAUCCAAAGUAGUGAUCAAGUUACAUCUGGAGGUGAGGCCAAAACCUCUCCAGCAGUUGGCUUUGUGCAGCAACGUUUUAAUCUCAGCCAGGAUGUUGAUUCUCUUGUGCUGUAAAACAAACUACAAACUGUACUUGUUUGUUGAAAAUAUGUACAUAUUGCCAGUUUUAUUUAAUUCAUGGUUGGUGAUUUCUGUUCACACAGUGGGCAUACGGAAGGCAAACUCACUGGUCUUAUCAAUUGUCCAGUCACACAGCUAUCCAAGUGUCAUUCAUGCAUUGCUAUAAGGAACUUUACUUUGAACUAGUCCUUUAAUAUCUUCAGUUUGAAGUUGUUCUUUGGCUAUAUUUCUUAUGUUCCUCCUCACUCCUCAAAUACAGACUUUCACACACUUACACACACCUACGCAUGACAUUUUAAAAACCAUCCAUCUCUUUUCUGUUAAAGGAAACUAUUUAUGUAACAUGUACAUAAAAUACAAUAUAUGUCACUGAAACACACAUUGGUGAGAGGCAAGAUUCUCUAGAUUGCAAUUUAGGCGAUGAACACGUUGUAAUAUUGAAUCAGACAUUAAAAAAGUCAGAACUUUCAGAGCGGAUAUAAAGUUUAACCACUUGGUAAGAUCAAGAAAGGUGUCAUGUGGCUAACUAGUGGUAAAAGCCCUGAGAGCACUGCUUCCAUUCAGAGCCAUCGCCAUCCCCGUCACGCCUUCAUUGUGUCGAUGCCAGUGGGUAUUGUGUCAGAAAUCUAUUUUGUGAAUCUAAGUAAGAAUUUAUUGUAAAGAUAUGCUUUUAUGUGUGCUUAAUGGAGCCAUUAUGUUUGAAAAUCACUCACAGUCCCCUGCCAGCCUUGCCACUCCACGCUAUUAUGAUAUGUAUGACAAUUUUUUUUUUUAUCAGUCAUAUUGUUUAACUACUGCACUGAAGAAAUGUGUCCAAAAGGGUCAUAUUAAUGCAUUGUUGCAUGACAUCUCCCUUUUUCCAGUUCUUGUAUUAUCAACAGUGUCAUUAAGUGACCACUAGAUGGAAGCAUCCUAAACACAUCUCUUCCUCCCCCAGCAGUCACCUUCAACUUGCUAAAGUUUGGAGAUGACAUCAUCUGAUUAGGCGGUGAACAAUAUUUAAGGGAGCAAUUAACACCAGCCUCAGACUACUGCUGUGAGGGAGAGGGAAAUAGGACAAAACCAAAUCAAAAAUACACAAAAUUUAGUGAACAUGCAGGUAGACUAGAAAACAUGCGUUUCUAUCAGCUGUUAUCAAAUUCCCAGACUCUUUUAAAUGUAUUGAUAUUCCAGGAACUUCAUAUCCAGUAGAGAUGUUUCUCCUCCCCGCCUGCUUCCUGAAACAUCUGAAGUCUCUGAACAGCCAAACAUUAAAUUCAUAACAUCUUUAGGAAAUCUUUGGUGCGGCAGCAGCACAAAUGCGAUCCAGCACCAGCCUCUCUCCCGUCUCGGGAGAAGUGAGGAAGGCAGAGUAGGCUUCUCUAAUCGCAGACUCCGGUAAUCCACUCCCGCACUCCUCCUCCGCCCAGAUGAACUCUGACAGCGGGGCCAUUUACAACUGCAGGCCCUUCCUCCCCUUCUGAGUGCGCUCCCAGAUUUUUUGUGCGCGGGAGGGACGGAAAGAAGGCUCAAGGGUAUCUGUGAUCUAAUCAUUACACCAUCUCCUCACCUCAGCGACCCUGCUGCAUCCAUCUCUCUGUCGGCUCCCCUCUUUCUCGCUCUACCUCACCUUGUCACUUCCCGUCUCUCUCUCUCUCUCUCUCUCUCUCUCUCUCUCUCUCUCUCUCUCUCUCCCCAUCUAUCUUUCAUCCAAUCUCUGUAUUCUCGCUUUCUCUCUGUAUUCUGUCCCUCACCCCGAUGCUCUGUAGGCUGUAACUGGUGUAUGUUGGCGGGAGGAGAAUGGAAGAUUCAGUAUUAUCAGGAGAGGAAGGAGAGAGGCGUCUCACUCUCUAUAAACAACCCCAGCAAAAUGAGGACUAGUUUAAUUUUACCACAAAUUAAUUGACUGGGAGAAAUGAUGCCAAUUAGAGAAUGAAUUGGAAUUGGCUCCCACCACUGUCGUCUCCUCACAUACAGUGUGUGCACAGAUUAUGUACUUAUGCGUAGGCACACGCCAUGUACGUGUGGAAAUGCAUUUUGACAGGAUUCAGGACCGGGCAAGUCUUAGCCCAGCAGGGGUUACAGGAUACAAUCUCCUCAACCAACACACAAGGACACUUCUGUAGUAACCUGAACAGAAACAUAAUGGUCACCCAUACAUAAAGAAAAUAUGUCAUAUAAUACUUCUUUCUUUCUGGGGCUGAAAAUCCAAUCUCGAGCCAAGAAAUCAUUGAACCCCCCCACCCUCUCUGUUUGUAUUCACUGUGCUCAUGUUUUGUUAUCCCUAUGAAGCCAAAGAUGUAUGCUGUACUUACUGUACUCUUGAUGUUCUGUCUCAUAACCACGGUACCCGACCGCUGUGGCCUAACUAUAACUGUGCAAUCUCGACUGUGUAGCAUUACCAUGUAUUGUUGCUGUAUUAUACUGUAAAAUAUGUACAUAGCACAUAAUAAAGAUAUACAUUGCUUCUUC